AUGAACCUAACGACGGAGUUGCUACCGUUAAAGGUGGCCGCAGCGAGGACAGUCGCGCUGCUGUUGAUCCAGAAACAAAUACGAUGGCGAAAACUCGUGGAAGUUGCCCGUACCCUCCGAGAGAUCAUUCCGAAGUUAAAACUCCCAAUCAAAAUCCGGCGCCCGCUACAAGAUUUGGUAUCUUUACUACUUCGCGAAAUUCAGCGAUGGGCCGACAAGCACGUGGAAAUGUUUCCCAAAGUCCCGGUAAAAAUUGGGCGCACCCCUCGAUCCGAGCACGUUCGCAUGUUUCAGCCGUGGAUCGUCUGGAAGCCCGGGAAAUACGAAAUCGAUGACUAUCUGACCGCGAAAAAUAUUAUGCAAAACGAAUGUAAGAAUUGGCCGCAGGUGCGCUGGCAAUUCGCUUGCUGCUACGCGAUGGAGGAAGAGAUUUUCGAUGAUUGGAAGUACGAUCGACACCGAAGAUCAACUUUUAAAAAAACCCUCAGCGACCACCCAGUAUACGAAUUUUGGUCAGCGCUUUACGAAGCCCGAUGGGAGUCGAUGUUCGAAACGGAACGACGAUUGCCGAAUCAGAAAAUGACGCAAUGCUUCAUCUUCGCAAUCACCAAUGGCUACUGCGAGCUCGUGAAAUUUUUGUGGCACAAGAUCGGGCUGAACCAUGGGGAGUAUGUUGGUCUCCUGCAAUGGAAAGCCUCCUGUUUCCGAUGCCGAGACCGUGAUACCAUGAAGUUCUUGUGCACAAAGUUAUGCGAGCUCAACCCAAAAGCCGUGGCCCGGAUUACAUGGUGCACAUUUUUUGACGCUUUCUACAAGGCUGUAAAUGUUGUUGACCGUAUCCACGACCGUACCCGAACCAGCCAUGGAAGCUCGAUGAAACAGAUGAUUCUGCGAAAGCAGCAGACAAUCAAU